UCUAAAUCCAAAUGAAAUACAGCAACCAAUUUCGAAGUGUCGAGAACUGUCUGAAUAUCGUUCAUUAUUCUUUAAUUAACUUAUUUCAUAAGCAAAAAUGGAUUCUAUUAAUCUACUAGCCCGUGAAGAUGAGUUCAAAAAGCUGAAUAAACAACUAGAGAAGAAAAGUGAGAGCUUAAUGAAACAAAUAGAACAAGUAUUGCAAAAACCGGAUUCAUAUUCAGAGUUCACAACACCAACAAAAAAACAUUCGUGUGAUAUGCAAAAACAAUUAACACCAACACGUGCACAUAAGGAAACAAGAAAUGUUAAAAGUAAAUCAAAAAUAUCAAAUUCAGUAUCUGAACAACAAGUAAGCAGGUUAAUUGAUGCUGACGGAUCGAAUAAUAACUUGAAUAACGGCCCACAACAAAUAACUGUUGCUUCGAAUAGUGUUAGAACUGUGUGUGACUGCUGCAACGUUAAAUCUAAUGAUAUGGAAUUCCUAUAUGCCUUUGUUUGUGUACAUGUUAAAGACAAAUUACUCCCGCAAUCGUAUGCAAAAGAUAACAUAACAGUAGAGAAAGUGUGCAAAUUUCUGUCUUCAAAAAUUAAGUUAUUGCAAGAGAAAAUAGACAAGUUACAAAGCACAAUAAGCAGUAAGACAACGCAAUGCGAAGCGCACCUAACCAGACUGGCUGAUCUGGAAAACGAGAGGAUGUCUCUAUUGAACAAGAACAGCAACCUGAGGACAACCUCGAUCGAGAUGAAGGCCAAAUGUCAUUCAUUGCAGAACAGACUCGAGGAGAAAGAUAAGCUUUACAAAGAGCAGAGGAGCGUUGCCGACACAGCCUCCAAUGAGCUUAAAAAGUUCAAAACGAAAGUCGUCGGCCUGGAGGCGAGGUGCGCGUCACACGAGGACGUCAUCGACAACCUGAAGCAGCAAAUUGAGACUUUGAAGAUCAACGAAAAGGAGAUACGCGAUUCAACCCGGAACUUGUCGUCCGCGAGCCAAGCCAAAAUAACUAAACUAGAAGCACACGUCAACGCGCAGAACAAACAAAUAGAUAGACAAACAAGACUCAUUAGUAACCUGAGGAGGCAGAUCAGUCUGAUGUCCACGAGUGGGGCUCUGAAAGUUUUGGAACAAGAAUAUUGCAAGCUUUUGGAUGAGAUUUGAGGGUAUCCAAGCGUUGGACUCGCUCAACAGUAAGGCGACCGUGAACAUUACUGCGGGCGGUGUCGGCUACCCGUACGUGAAUAUGCGCAUGAAGAGUGAACGCGGAUCCGGCC